AUGGCGCGUCCUCGCGGCAUCGACGUUUUGUUCGAGUUUGACGCGCCGCAGACGUUUCAAGAUCUCAGUGCACCAUUUGUUCCUCAUGCACUAGGUGAACACGACGUCUGGUUUGAUCAAAUUCACCCACAACAUAGCAAACCCAGUGCCGACCUUGCACGAGAAGCAGCAGCUAUUGUGCGUAAGUUGCAGGAUAAGGAGCAGCAACUCAAGGAAAUGCCGAUCAAUAGAAAGAGCAAACGAUGGAGUCGAGAUAAAGAGAAUGAGCGUCCAAAGAGCGGAGAUCGUAGUCUGGUCCGAAACAAGCAACUUCAAUUACAAGAGAGUAAGAAAACCUAUACAAGUGUCAAGGAAAUGCGAGCUACGUCCGAGCCAUUUCAAGUCAAGAAAGAGAUAAAAGAGGAGAUAGCUGUUGUGGAAAAGCGUCGAAAACCACUUGUGGAUGCACGUAAUAGGCUCAAUUUAUCAGGCAAGGAGAGAACGUUCAUGAGUGGUGAGAAGAAAGAGAUGAGGGACUGGCAGAAGCUGCUGAAGAAACAUAAUAAGAAGUUUAAAGCUACACAUACGUAUGAACCAUCGCAACAUUCAGUGCGAGAGGUGAAGCAGUGGGAACGCAAGAUGAACAAGAGCUACUAUAAUUUGUCGGUGGAGGAGCGAGUACAAGCAAAUCAGGAGAUUGCGAUUUGGAAGCAACGACAAGCGGAUAGCAGUCAGUAG